AUGGACGAGAAGCAUCGUGAAACGCGUUCCUCCAAAGCAUCCCAGCUAAGGUCAAGUUCCUUAAACGCCUUAGCAAGAUCCCUGUCAAGCUCAUCAUGGAGGUCAGCAGGGCCCUCAGUGUCGGGGCAAUUCGGCUCUGCCAAGUCCUUCUCUGAUGCCGAGAUGGACAUGGAGUCCUCUUCCUCAUGGGCGCUGAAGGAGAUGAAGUCCGUGAUGGCAGGAGGUGGGCGAAAACUCUCAUCAGAGAAGAAGACUGGGGAAUCUUCUCAUCACCUUCAGGAGUCAUCACCUUCGUCCCGGGGAAGGGAAAGGCCCACCAGCAGCUCGCAGGCGGCAGUAGACCUCGUCCCCGUCGACCACGAGCAAAAUCCCUCCGAGCUCGUAAGACAUGAACCGGUAGAUCUGCGCAGUGGACACAGUCCGAGACUACUCACAGAGGCACUCGUGGAGCUCAUGAAGACUGAACGCGAUGAAGACGCCGCGCAGGAAGUUUCUUCGCUUCAGUCACGAGACAUAAACCGAGCAAACAAGAAGGAGGUGAAGGAGGCCAACAAGUACUACUUCAUCGAGUCCUCCAUCGCUCUCUUCAUCUCCUUCCUCAUCAAUGUUUUUGUGGUGGCCGUCUUUGCAGAGGCCUUCUAUGGCAAGACCAACAUGGAAGUGGGUCAGAAGUGUAAUGAAACCGGAAGUCCUCACAGUAAGCUUUUCCCUGCCAACAACGAAACACUGGAGGUCGACAUCUACAAAGGGGGAGUGGUUCUGGGCUGUUUUUUUGGCCCGGCUGCGCUGUAUAUUUGGGCCAUUGGGAUCCUCGCCGCUGGACAGAGUUCAACCAUGACAGGAACCUACUCUGGUCAGUUUGUGAUGGAGGGUUUCCUGAACCUGCGCUGGUCGCGCUUCGCUCGAGUGUUGCUGACGCGCUCCAUCGCCAUCUUCCCCACGCUCCUGGUGGCCGUCUUCGAGGAUGUGCAGCAUCUCACCGGCAUGAACGACUUCCUGAACGUGCUGCAGAGCAUGCAGCUGCCGUUCGCUCUGAUCCCCAUCCUGACCUUCACCAGCCUGACCUCACUGAUGAACGACUUCGCCAACGGACUCGUGUGGAAGAUCAGCGGGGGUCUGCUCAUCCUGGUGGUGUGCGCCAUCAACAUGUACUUUGUGGUGGUGUAUGUGACGGCCCUCAACAGCACCGUCCUCUACGUCUUCUCUGCCCUCCUCUCCAUCGCCUAUCUCAGCUUCAUCAUCUACCUGGUGUGGCACUGUCUGAUCGCUCUGGGCGUCUCUUGUCUGGAUUGCAGAGGUUCGGUUCAGUAUCCCCCCUCCGUUCUUGUGGAUGAACAGCCAGAGUUUGAUUCCUGAGCCAAACAUCCGAUCACGUCCAAAGAAUGAACUACGCUCAUUUGUUCUUCCUAUGUGAGGAACGUCCUUACUGUAACAAACCGCACAAUCCAAAUAUUUGACUUUAUCUUUGUUUCCUUGCAUCAGUUCCUGCUCCAUGGCUCUUUGCUUUGCCAUGUUUUAUAGAUCUACUAUUGUACGUCUGGCCGAACUGAGUUGAGUUCAUGUAAGUGUAGAUCUACUGUGCUCCUCGAAUAACCUGUUUACUACCAACAGCUGCACUAAUAUGGAAUGAAAUCAUUCCUUGCAGAAAGUGCACAGAACGGUCGGUGUACAAUCAGUUUAACAGUUCAAAUUAGACUCUCUAACUUACUAAUGACUAUAAUAAUAACGGAUUUGCUGGUAAACAGCACACAAGAUGAUUUGAAGUUAUUUAAAGGUUUGUUUUUGUUACCAUGAAUAAACCGAUGAAGUGUUUUAUGACCCGUAGGAAUAUUAGCCUGCGUUCUGCACCCUAAAACACGUGUUUUAAUACCUGAAUGAAAGAGAAAUGAGUGUUCAUAUUCUUGAAGGAACUGUACAACCAGCAUUGAAAUGAAGAAGCACAUGAGACGCUCAUCAGCUGGUCUGAAAAGGUUAUCAUACCUCAUACAACUGACAUGCC